AUGUAUAAAGAUUUAAAGCAGAACUAUUGGUGGCCAAGAAUGAAGCGGGAUAUUGCACAAUAUGUGGCUCAGUGUUUGGUAUGUCAACAAGUGAAAGCUGAACAUCAACGACCAGUAGGAUCUUUACAACCACUUACUAUUCCUGAGUGGAAAUGGGAGCAUAUUACCAUGGACUUUGUGUCAGGGUUGCCAAGAACCUUAGGAGGAGAAAGGAAACUUUUAGGGCCUGAACUUGUGCAGUUGACAGUUGAAAAGAUAACUUUGAUUAAAGAAAGAUUGGAAGCAGCCCAAAGUAGACAGAAGAGUUAUGCCAAUAAUUGUAGGAGAGAUUUGGAGUUUGAAGUAGGUGAUCAUGUUUUCUUAAAAGUUUCGCCUAUGAAGUCUGUGAUGAGAUUUGGGAGAAAAUGAAAACUUAGUCCUUGAUUUGUGGAUCCGUUUGAAAUAUUUGAAAAAGUAGGUGCCUUGGCGUAUAAAGUAGCCUUGCCCCCAAGUCUGUUUAAGAUUCAUAAUGUGUUUCAUAUUUCGACUUUGAGGAAAUAUGUUUUUGAUCCUUCUCAUGUUGUGGAGUUGGAGCCUAUUCAGAUUUCUGAGGACUUGACUUAUAAAGAGGUGUUCGUUCAAAUUGUAGAUGUAAUCGACAAGGUACUACAACAUGCUCUUUUCAAGUUGGUAAAGGUCCAAUGGAGCAAUCAUAGUAUCCGAGAGGCCACUUGGGAGUUAGAAGAUGAGAUGAGAGAAAAGCAUCCUCAAUUAUUUCAAGACUCAAAAUACCAGAGGACAUGA